GAUUUGUUUAUUUUUAGGUUUAAUUCAGGUGAAUUGUUGUCGGAAGAAGUGAAGGAAAAAAAAAAAGAGAUGGGGAAGCAGCCGGUGAAGUUGAAGGCGGUGGUAUACGCGCUAUCGCCGUUUCAGCAGAAGAUAAUGACAGGACUUUGGAAGGAUCUCCCGGAGAAGAUCCACCACAAGGUCUCUGAGAAUUGGAUCAGCGCCACUCUCCUCGUCACUCCUGUCCUCGGAACCUACUGGUAUGCUCAGCAGUUCCAGGAACAGGAGAAACUCGAACACAGGUUCUGAACCAUGAAGCCCAGUCCUCUGGUCCGAAGCCAUUUCCUGUAAUAGAAUAAUGUUGUCUGAAACUCGCUAAUAAAUGUUUUGAUUCAUGACAAUCACUGUUGACCUGCAUCUUUCUUGAUAUUAUAAUAUGGACAACGUUUGCUUCACGCUAAA